GUUACGGAAGACAACCUUGCUAUUCUGCACAACAUUCUGUUUACAUUUACUUCGGGUCUGAACGCGAACGCUUGAAUACUUCCUAAAACAUUAAAAACUAUUAACGAGAUUGGAAAAUGGCAUGUGGUGUCUGCCUCGAGGAUGAUGUGCAAGUUAUAAAUAUUUUCACCGAGGAAGGCAUACGAUUGAAAAUAUCUUCGAUUAUCGAACAGCACUUCUGGUUUCAGCCUUCAGAAGGAGAUCCAAUUUUAAGUCAAAUCUGUUGCUCAUGCUGGGAGCAAAUUGCAAAUUUUCAUAUUUUUUAUACAACCGUAAAGGAAGCCCACAAGAGACUGAAGGAAAGCUAUUACAAAAAACAAAUUGACGACGAAGAACUGAUUUACACUAUCGACGACUCCGACGAAGAGGAGGCAAACGUUAAGGAUAUUGAGCCCAAAUCAGACGAUCUUAAUGGACCAAGGCAGGGAGACAUUCGAAACCCCUUGGAGGAGCAAGGCCAGACUUGUUCUGGAUCCACAGAUGGAGUUCAGUUAUUUUUCAAGCAGGAGCACGAAGCACUCCUAGAGCAAUACACUUACAUAGAAGCUUCAAACAAAGAUAUCGCUGAUGACGAAAUUACGGAUUCUGAAGAAAUAAGUUACAGAUCAUCUGGUAACGAGUUUUCCUGUAGCACGGUUAAAGAGGAACCAGAUGACACGAUUUGGGAGCAGGAUAUACCAUCUUCAAGUCGGUUAGAAAAAAAAACUAACUUAAAUAGGCUGUUCAGAAAACAAACAAGAAGCAAAAUCAGUCAAAUUGAAGAAAAAGAAAGAACUAAAAAUGAAGAUGAUCUGAUCGCGACACAUAUAAAUCUAGAGUGUGAGCAAUGCUUUGUGAAAUUAGACACCUUUAACGACUUGAAUAGACAUUAUCAAGCGGCGCACAAUAUUAGUGGCUACGUCCGUUGUUGUGAUAAGAAACUUCCCAGCCGUUCGUAUAUCCUUGACCACAUAAACCAGCAUAUCAAUCCGGAGAGUUACAAGUGCAAAGAAUGCAACAAAUCUUUUUCUACUCAAUACGCAAUUAAGAACCAUCUGGCCAUCAAACAUGCUCCGGAAUCAUCGAAAAUCUUUAAAUGUAAAGAGUGUCCGCAACGCUUCACUAAUGACUAUUCUUUAAACAAACAUUUAUUGGAACAUAAAAACGACGAUGAAAAACGAUUGUAUUGUACGGAUUGUCGUAAAAUGUUCUCUUCAAUCAAAGCUCUAGAGGUUCAUCGUGAGGUCCAUCACAAACGGUUAAGUGGUCACAUAUGUCACGUGUGCGGAAUCAUUUUGAAAGGCAAAAAGGCUUUCGGGAAACAUAUUAGAGAACAUGCUGCGAUAUUAGGUUCGGAAGCGAUUAACGACCCAGUCUGCCCUAUUUGCGGGAAAUUGUCAGCAUCGAUAAAAACAUUAAGGCACCAUAUACGUUAUGUUCAUUCAGCUAUGCGCCCUCAUAAGUGCCCAGUUUGUGGCAAAGGAUUUAAAAUUCGCCAGAAAUUAAAGGAACAUAUGGGGACACACGCAGUUGGAAUUUCACUUCCUUGUCCGUAUUGUCCAAAACGCUUUCGUAGUAAGAUUCACGUAUACUCACAUAAGUAUCGGAUGCAUAAAAAGGAAUAUGAUAUGGAGCGAAAUGCGCGGUUGGAGGCUGCAGCGAACGGAACUUACAAUCGUUUUGAAUUAUCAUAUGAUCCAACAGUAAACGUGUGCAGUAAAAUACAGCAGGCUUAUGAUCUCGAAGAGGAUGACUGCUACUUAGUCUCGUAAAAAUAAAAUUGAAAAUAAUACUUUCAAAUUUUGAAGCGACUGAUACAUAAUGUAACUCUGUAUCUGCGAUUAGUUUAUCUGUACGACUUGAUAUCUUUUUAUAUGUUAUAAAGCCAUUAUACAUUAUUUUAUUGAAUAAAUAUCAGUUGUCACAAAA